GUUAAAGUUCAGGUGCACACUAAAUUACAUACUUUUCCUAGUUUUUCAAUGUCAGCUUAUCAUAUUAUGUAGUGAAUGGCUACAUCGCGACUCAGUACUGUUGACAUGUAUUUCGACUUGAUAGCGCCUAGCUGGUGAGCAGGAACAAGCCUUAAAGAUUUUAACUGUAACCACAAAACGAUCCAUUAACAACGUGGUGUAAAGGAUUUGAAAGAAAAUCAAUCAGCCACUUACGUGUUUUCUGUUUGUUAGUGGGAUAAAUGAAAAAAUAGCGUCAAUUAGAUUGCCUCUAUACUUCCUAUGCCUUCGUUGGGGAUUUCAAAGAGAAUAGAAUGAGCCAGAAUGACACCUGCAUCUAUGAUGGAGAAGACACGAAGUUCAAAAUCGACUAUGAAUCAAACACGUACAAUAUAUAUCAAUUCCUGAACAACCAUCCGGGAGGCGUGAACUAUGUCAAACCAUACGAGAGCAAAGAUGUUGCACAACCAAUGCGUCGAUAUGACCAUUCCAAAGCGGCCUAUUAUCUACUCAAAGAAUAUCAGCAAGGAGGGAGAAAGAAAGAUGAGGAUGAUUUGGAGCGUUUGGUAGACUGGAACAAACCCAUGCUGAGUCAAGUUGGGAAACUAGGAACAAAAUAUAGUGAAUGGGUGAUAUCACCAGUAGACAGGCGACUGAGGUUAUUUGACAGCGAUCUUCUGGAAUACCUUACCAUAACUCCAUGGUACGUGGUACCAAUGAUCUGGAUACCCAUCAUCAUAUAUCUAGCUGUGAUCGGAACCAAAAAGUAUAUUCACAUUACCAAAGACGCUUCGCCUUUUAUACCAGUAGUACUAAGUAUAUCAGAAGGAAUCGUUCUUUGGACGUUGAUAGAAUAUUCCCUACACAGAUGGGUUUUCCAUAUGGAACCGUCAGGGAAGUCGAAAUCAAUGAUAUACUUUCAUUUUGCCAUACAUGGACUUCAUCAUAAAGUACCGUUCGAUUCAAGAAGAUUAGUAUUUCCGCCAUUUCCAGCUGCCAUAAUCACUUUCACCAUCUACAAGCUGACGUCAUUGUUUUUCUGUGACUCUACACAUCUGCUGGUAAUUGCAGGUGGAUUAUUAGGUUAUGUCGUUUAUGACAUGAUUCAUUUCUACUUACAUCAUGGAGCACCUGACGAGAACAGCUACUUCUACCAUUUGAAAAGAUAUCACAAUCAACAUCACUUUGCUCACCACAAUAGCGGUUUUGGUAUCAGCAGCGUCUUUUGGGACAAAAUUUUCGGAACCGCAUUGCAUUUGCGGAAACUAGCAAAAAGCAUAAAGUGGUGAAACGCACAUAUAAAUACAUUUACACAGUUUUACAAGAAGUGUUCUACAAGUGUGAUUUUAUUAUUUAUUACUACGAUGUAUUUUAUAGAUCGGAUUUUUGCAAAAAAUAUUAUUUUUCCAUUGUUGUAUUGUCUCUCCUCACCCUCGCUUAUUGUUUCUUGGGCGGAGUCUGUACUCUGACCCUCUU